AUGGAGCAGAGGCCGCGAAGGAGAGCUCGCGGCGACGUGCGCCCGGUUCCCGGGCCGGACCCGCCGUCGCGACCCACAGCGCCGCGGCGCUCCGCCGAGCCGCCGGGCACUCAGCUCUGGCUCUUCCCCAGCGCCGCCGGCCUCCGCAGAGCGCUGCCCCAAAGGACCGAGGCGACGCGACAGAUGUGCUGCACGCGCGGGCGCCUCGUGGUGUUGGAGCGCGGCGGGGCCGGCGUCGAGGUUCACCAGCUGCCGGCGGGGAGCGACGGCGCCAAGAAGCCGAAAUGCAUUAAGUUAGGAAAAAAAAUGAAGAUACAUUCUGUGGACCAAGGAGCAGAGCAUAUGCUGAUUCUAUCCUCAGAUGGAAAACCAUUUGAGUACAACUAUAGCAUAGAACAUGCAAGGUUUCAAUGCAUUUUACAAGAAAAAAGUAUAAUUCAGAUCACAUGUGGAGAUUAUCAUUCUCUUGCACUUUCAAAAGGUGGUGAGCUCUUUGCAUGGGGACAGAAUUUACAUGGCCAGCUUGGAAUUGGAAGACUAUUUGCCUCAAUCCCCACACCACAGGUUGUGGAGCACCUUUCAGGAGUCCCCUUGGUUCAGAUUUCUGCGGGAAAAGCCCACAGCAUGGCCCUAUCCAUGUCUGGAAACAUUUAUUCAUGGGGAAGAAAUGAUUUGGGGCAACUAGGCCUGGGCCACACUGACGGUGAAGAAUUUCCUUCCCUCGUUGAAGCAUUGGACAGUCAGAAAGUUGAAUUUCUUGCAUGUGGUGGCUCUCACACUGCCCUGCUCACAGAGGAUGGGCAGGUAUUUACUUUUGGUGCUGGAAAAUACGGGCAACUUGGUCACAAUUCCACACAGAAUGAGUUAAGACCCCGUUUGGUGACUGAGCUCUAUGGAAUUAGAGUGACCCAGGUAGCAUGUGGAAGGCGGCACACACUUGCCUAUGUUUCUGAUUUGGGGAAGGUCUUUUCUUUUGGUUCUGGAAAAGAAGGACAACUGGGAAACGGUGGAACACAUAAUCAGCUGAUACCACUUCCCAUGAAAUUGCCAUCAAAUGAAGAACUCAAAUUUGAAAGCCGAACUUCAGAAAAAGAGUUAAUAAUGAUUGCUGGAGGGAAUCAAAGCAUUUUGCUCUGGAUGGGAAAAAAGAAUCCCUAUGUUAAUCUGAGGAGGAAAAUUCCUACGUUGAACGAAGGGACCAUAAAGAGGUGGAUUGCUGAUGUGGGGACUAAACAGUGGCAAAACACAAAAAGGGAAAUCAGAGAGAUAUUUUCAUCUCCUGCUUGUCUGACUGGAAGUUUUUUAAGGGAAAGAAAAUCUGCAGAAAUGAUGCUUAUUCACUUGGACUUAAAUAAAGCAAGAAGUGCCUUUAAAGAGUUAACCCAGAAGGACUGGAUUGCUAACACGAUAACCACAUGUCUCAGGGAUAAUCUGCUCAAAAAUCUUCCAUUUCAUUCUCCACACCAAGAAGCUUUAGAGAUUUUCUUCCUUCUCCCUGAGUGUCCCAUGAUGCAUGAUUAUAACAAUUGGGAGAGCCUGGUGGUUCCGUUUGCAGAGGCUAUUUGUGCCAUGAAUGACCAAUCUUUACGGGUUCUAGAGGAGUACUGGGCGUCCCUGCAGGAACCUGCAUUCGUCAGGCUAGUCCAGAUGUUUAAAAGAGCCGUCACUGCUCAGUUGCACUACUGGACUGAAAGCUCGGAGAACAACUACCACGUUAAGGCUCUCCUAGAAAUACUGAAAAAGCUGCAUAGGGAGAAGAAAUUUAGAGCAUGUAUGCGGUUGGCUGGAAUUGUGGAACAAGGAGGGUCUGAAUUAGCUUUGCUGCCCACUUUGAAUCUAACAGUUAGAAGGAGUCACUUGAUUGAAGAUGUUUUGAGUCACCUAAAUCAGUUUGAGAAUGAAGAUCUGAGGAGAGAGUUAAUGGUUUCAUUUAGUGGAGAAAUUGGACAUGACUCUGGAGGAGUCAAGGUAGAGUUUUUCCACUGUCUGUUUGAGGAGAUGACCCGACCAGAAUAUGGGAUGUUCAUGUAUCCCGAGGAGGCUUCCUACAUGUGGUUUCCUGUCAGGCCUAAAUUUGAGAAGAAGAGAUAUUUCUUCUUCGGGGUUCUUUGUGGACUUUCCCUGUUCAAUUUCAAUGUUGCCAACAUCCCUUUCCCACUGGCCCUGUUUAAGAAACUUUUGAAUCAAACACCAUCAUUGGAAGACUUAAAAGAACUGAGUCCUGUUUUGGGAAAGAGUUUGCAGACGCUUCUGGAUGAUGAAGGCGAUGACUUUGGAGAAGUAUUUUAUAUCUAUUUUAAUGUGCAUUGGGACAAAAAUGAUACAGACCUAAUUCCUAAUGGAAGUUGUGUCAUUGUUGACCAGACUAACAAGAGAGACUAUGUUUCUAAAUAUGUCAAUUACAUCUUCAACAUCUCUGUGAAGGCACUUUACGAAGAAUUCCAAAGAGGAUUUUACAAAGUGUGUGACAAGGAUAUUAUUGAGUUUUUCCAUCCGGAAGAACUAAAGGAUGUGAUUAUUGGAAAUACAGAUUAUGACUGGGAAACCUUUGAGAAGAAUGCACAUUAUGAAGAGGGAUAUGAUAAUUCACAUCCUACCAUAGUGAUGUUUUGGAAGGCUUUACACAAAUUGACUUUGGAGGAAAAGAAAAAGUUCCUUGUGUUUCUUACAGGAACUGACAGAAUUCAAGUAAAAGGUUUAAAGAACAUGAAAAUAACAUUUUGCUGUCCUGAAAAUGUGAAUGAAAAAGAUCCCAUAAGAGCACAGACGUGUAUUAGUGUCCUCUAUCUUCCCAAAUAUUCUACAAUGGAAAGAGUGGAAGAAGCACUUCAAGUAGCCAUCAACAACAGCAGAGGAUUUGGCUGACCCGGCCUCACGUUCUUUACCCCUUUAUGGAAAUAUUUUCAAAAAUAAAAUUAAGAACUCAAGAAUUAAUGUGAAAGUCCCACUAUUCAUUGUGUUCACCUGCUCUUUCAGAACUGUGUUUUUGCAUAUGAGGUAUUUUGAUAAUGUUCUAGACUAGGCUGUUAGAACAAGGUGACCCCAAAACAUAGUGCAUAAAAGACCGAAUUUUGUUUUUCUCUCAUAAGCAUCUUGGCUGAGGUGGUGCUUCUCCUACUCCCACUGCUCAAAUAAAGGUCAAAUGACUUUCUCAUUGAAAAUGUCCAUGGAAACUGCCCAUUUCUGUCUUAAAUCUUCUAUGUGGCAUUUGAAACUGUUGACUUCUUUCUCCUCAGAACUGUUGUGAACUGGUAGACUGUGGCUUUCUUUUUCUUGGCUUCUUUCCCAUUUCCUUUGCUUGUAUUUCUUACACUCCCCUGACCUCCAGUGCUAGAGUAAGUCCUCUGUUCUCACUCCGCACACACUCCCAUCAACUCCAUGGUUUCUGCUCUGUUUUCAUGUGAUGGUGCCCAGAUCUCUCCGUGACCUACAGGAACUGGUCAAUUCCAGUCCCAGCCAUUUUUUUGGUCUAGUAGUCUGUAUCUCCCUGUGUGAUCCUUGGCUCAUUAAUCUCAGCAUGUCUAAGAAAAUUACUGUUUCCUGUAGUCCACAGCUCAAUGUUAUCACCAGGAUUUCUAGGCAGAACCUGCAAUCCUCAUCCCUCUUUAUCCACACAUUCAAUAAAUCAGGUCCUAACAAUUCUUGUUCUUGUAUCUAGAUCCACACCACCCCACAGAACUCUCUGAGGCUGGAAACUGCCUCCCCGCCAUAUCUGCACUGUUCAAUAAGGUAGCCUUAUGCUAUAGUAAGGUUUAGUGUUUGAAGAAUUUUGAAG